UAAACUGGAUGAUCAUGUGUGUGCAUUUACACACUCACUUAACAGCUUCCUCCAGCUUUGAGUACACAUCAGCCUCAGACGGAAUAUAAAAAAAUAACAAUAUGGAUGUCAUGCUGUGACUAAACUUGGGACUUUUGGAUCUUCACUCAUCAAGCUUUUAAUUUGCUUCGACUGAGACCUCAGGACAAUUUCAAGAUAGUAUUCGUGUCAGUCUUUUUCUUUUUAAUCCAGAAAAAAUACCAAAACAAUCGGACUGCUGAGAAACAACCAGAGGAAUACAUUUUUUCAAUUGAAUUUUUAUCUUACUAUCGGGAUUCCAAUGGAACUAAAAAGGCAGUGGUUGCAUUGAGGCUGGAAGAGAAGCAGAGUAAGUCUGAAACUAAAUGAGAAGUGACAUCAUGACUUCCAUAUCAGGCAGGUUGAAGUGCAAACCAAGCCCAACGGGGGAGCACUCUCCAUCUCCACUGACUUUGACCCUGGCUAUGCUCUUUUUCCUGAUAGGCAAACAAAUGGGGAAACGCUGUAAUUCUUUAUUCGUGGCCUUGCUUAAACUGAUCUUCAGACUUGUAAUAGAAUGCCUUGGUGGGAGCACAGUCAGCCACUUUCUUAAGUUCUGAGAGUUGAAUAAUAAAAAGGAACAAUUAGGGCCAAAUCAUAAUGGACCUGCGUGAUGUUUUAAGCCAGAAGUCUCAUCACAAGUUCACCUGUUAAAGCCACCCGAGUGACUACAAGCAAAAAGAAGAGAUGUUUCUAAGAACACUUGGGAAGUGUUUAUUCGGCCUUUUCAGAGGGGCACAGUAUGCCAGCAACAAAAAGACCACUUCCUCUGCUGAUGCCUCAGCCCUUUGGUCAGAAAGCCAAACUCAUCUCCACCAACUCAGCCCACCUGAGUCCCUGCACGCACCCGCCAGCAGUGGAAAGCCCGUCGGCUCGUCUUACGGCCUACUGGGAGCAAAGAGUGGCGCCCAUCUACCCGGUGGCACCGGUUCCGCUGUCAGCCCGGUUCUUGCUUGGCAUGCGGCCAUUAACGCUGCUCGCCAAGCACAGGGCGAUGUUGCAAAGGUUGACUUGAGUCCACAGCGCACACCAUGCGCCACCGGAGCGGCUCCUGUCGGCUCAUUGGCACAGAGAAAGAGGCAGCAGUAUGCCAAGAGCAAAAAACAGGGCGGGUCCACUAACAGCAGGCCACCCAGAGCGUUGUUCUGCCUCACCCUCAACAACCCCAUCCGCAGGGCCUGCAUCAGCCUGGUGGAGUGGAAACCAUUCGAUAUAUUUAUACUGCUGUCUAUUUUUGCCAACUGCGUGGCCUUAGCCAUCUACAUCCCUUUCCCUGGAGAUGACUCCAAUUCUACCAACCAAGAGCUGGAAACAGUCGAAUAUGCCUUCCUGAUCAUUUUCACUAUUGAGACAUUUUUGAAGAUUAUUGCCUAUGGUCUGGUCAUGCACCAGAACUCCUACGUCAGAAAUGGCUGGAACAUGCUGGACUUUGUCAUCGUCAUAGUAGGCUUGUUCAGUGUUGUCCUGGAGAUGAUAACCAAAGACGCUGACUCAAGCGGCCAGACAGGAGGCAAGCCUGGGGGGUUUGAUGUCAAGGCUCUCCGAGCCUUUCGAGUACUUCGCCCUCUUCGCCUUGUCUCUGGCGUUCCAAGUCUGCAGGUGGUUUUGAACUCAAUCAUCAAAGCCAUGGUCCCUCUGCUUCACAUCGCUCUGCUGGUCCUUUUUGUCAUCAUCAUCUACGCCAUCAUCGGCCUGGAGCUCUUCAUUGGCAAAAUGCACGCUACCUGCUAUGUGAUCAAAACAGGUAUUCUGGCAGAAGAGGAGCCAACGCCAUGCGCGGUGUCCGGCAACGGUCGCCACUGCACACUAAACGCGACUGUGUGCAGAGAAGGCUGGCAAGGUCCCAACAAUGGCAUCACCAACUUUGACAAUUUCUUGUUUGCCAUGCUCACUGUGUUCCAGUGUAUUACCAUGGAGGGAUGGACCGAUGUACUCUACUGGAUGAAUGACGCGAUGGGUUUUGAGCUGCCGUGGGUCUACUUUGUCAGUCUGGUCAUCUUUGGUUCUUUCUUUGUUCUUAACUUGGUCUUAGGUGUCCUCAGUGGGGAAUUCUCCAAAGAGCGAGAGAAGGCCAAGGCACGAGGUGACUUCCAGAAGCUGCGUGAGAAGCAGCAGCUCGAGGAAGACCUGAAGGGCUACCUGGACUGGAUCACACAGGCCGAGGACAUUGACCCUGAGAAUGAAGACGAGGGAGAUGAGGAGGGAAAGCGCAGCACGAGCGUGCCCACAAGUGAGACCGAGUCUGUGAACACUGACAAUCACAGCGAGGAUGACAAAUGGCUCUGCUGUGCUCCUUUGUGUCGUCAGGGGCGACGGUGGAAUCGUUUCUGUCGCAGGAAGUGUCGCGCCGCAGUAAAAUCGGUGACUUUUUACUGGCUGGUCAUCGUCUUGGUUUUCCUCAAUACUCUCACCAUCGCCUCCGAGCACUACAACCAACCGGACUGGCUCACUGAAGUUCAGGAUGUCGCCAACAAAGUUCUCCUGGCCAUGUUUACUUUAGAAAUGCUGGUGAAGAUGUACAGCUUGGGGCUGCAGGCCUACUUUGUCUCCCUAUUCAAUCGCUUUGAUUGUUUCGUGGUGUGCGGAGGCAUCAUCGAGACCAUCCUGGUGGAGCUGGCCAUCAUGUCUCCGCUUGGCAUCUCUGUUUUCCGUUGCGUCCGUCUCCUGAGAAUUUUUAAGGUCACACGCCACUGGGCAUCACUGAGUAAUCUGGUGGCCUCUUUGCUCAACUCCAUGAAGUCGAUCGCCUCGCUGUUGCUGCUUCUCUUCCUCUUCAUCAUCAUCUUCUCCCUGCUGGGCAUGCAGCUUUUCGGGGGCAAGUUUAACUUUGAUGAGACGGUGACCAAACGGAGCACUUUUGACAACUUUCCUCAGGCCCUACUCACCGUGUUCCAGAUUCUGACAGGAGAAGACUGGAAUACAGUGAUGUACGACGGGAUCAUGGCGUAUGGUGGUCCAGCCUCCUCUGGAAUGGUGGUCUGCAUUUAUUUCAUCAUCCUCUUCAUCUGUGGAAACUACAUCCUGCUUAAUGUGUUCUUGGCCAUUGCUGUCGACAACCUGGCUGACGCUGAGAGCCUCAACACAGCCCAGAAGGAAGAAGAAGAGGCCAAGAAGAGGCGGAACAGCGCCAAAGAGGUGGGCACAGAACACAGAGUGGAAUUAGAACAAGACACCGAUGGCAAGACCAAGGUGCCAGUUGAGUUUCUACUCGAGGAGGACAAAGAACUUUAUUCUGCCAAUGACUCACCAGUGUGUUGUGUGGAUGACGACAAUGGCAACCUCCCAGAUGUCCCAGUUGGGCCCCGGCCCAAGAGACUGUCAGUGCUCACCAUCAAGGAAAAAACACCUCCCAUCCCAGAGGGCAGCGCCUUUUUCAUCUUCAGCAGCACCAACCCGUUUCGUGUGUUCUGCCAUAGGCUGAUAAAUCAUCAGAUCUUCACCAACCUCAUUCUGGUCUUCAUCAUGCUCAGCUCUGUGUCUUUGGCUGCCGAGGACCCUAUACGCAGCUUCUCUGCACGCAAUAUUAUACUUGGUUAUUUUGACUAUGCUUUCACGGCAAUCUUUACUGUUGAGAUCCUGUUUAAGAUGACGGCAUUUGGAGCGUUCCUUCAUAAAGGAGCAUUUUGUCGGAACUACUUCAACCUAUUGGACCUGUUGGUUGUUGGAGUGUCUCUGGUCUCCUUUGGUAUUCAGUCUUCUGCAAUCUCAGUGGUGAAGAUUCUUCGUGUUUUGAGAGUCCUCCGGCCGCUUAGGGCCAUCAACAGAGCCAAAGGACUCAAGCAUGUGGUCCAGUGCGUGUUUGUUGCCAUCAGGACCAUCGGCAACAUCAUGAUCGUCACUACGCUGCUCCAGUUUAUGUUUGCUUGCAUCGGAGUGCAGCUCUUUAAGGGUAAAUUUUAUCGCUGCUCAGACGAUGCAAAGUCCAGUCCAGAUGAGUGCAAAGGAACGUACAUUCUCUACCACAAUGGUGACACCACAAUGGCCAAGCCACUGCCCAUGGUCAAGGAGAGGAUCUGGUACAACAGUGACUUCAACUUUGAUAAUGUCCUCAUGGCCAUGAUGGCUCUUUUCACUGUCUCUACUUUCGAAGGAUGGCCCACUCUCUUAUACAAGGCCAUCGACUCCAAUCGCGAAAACUUGGGUCCCAUCUACAACUAUCGCAUUGAGAUAUCUAUCUUCUUCAUUAUCUACAUCAUCAUCAUUGCCUUCUUCAUGAUGAACAUCUUUGUUGGUUUCGUUAUUGUCACCUUCCAGGAGCAGGGUGAGAAGGAAUACAAGAACUGUGAGCUGGAUAAGAACCAGCGUCAGUGUGUGGAGUAUGCUCUCAAAGCCCGUCCCCUGCGUCGCUACAUACCCAAAAACCCAUACCAGUACAAAUUUUGGUAUGUGGUCAACUCCACUGGCUUUGAGUAUGUCAUGUUUGUCCUAAUCAUCCUCAACACUCUGUGUCUAGCAAUACAGCACCAUGGCCAGUCUCACCUCUUCAACUAUGCUAUGGAUAUCCUAAACAUGGUCUUUACUGGCGUUUUCACAGUUGAGAUGAUCUUCAAGCUCAUUGCCUUUAAGCCCAGGGGCUAUGUUGGGGACGCCUGGAACGUCUUUGACGCCCUGGUGGUGAUUGGCAGUGUAGUCGACAUCAUACUCAGCCAGAACACAGAGGACAGUGCUCGCAUCUCCAUCACCUUCUUCCGCCUCUUUCGAGUGAUGCGAUUGGUGAAAUUGUUGAGCAGGGGGGAUGGUAUCAGAACUCUGCUGUGGACCUUCAUCAAAUCCUUUCAGGCUCUACCCUAUGUUGCGCUUUUGAUAGCCAUGCUGUUCUUCAUCUAUGCAGUAAUCGGAAUGCAGGUUUUUGGAAAAAUAGCCAUGGUGGAUGGAACACAAAUCAACCGCAACAAUAAUUUCCAGACAUUCCCUCAGGCUGUCCUCAUGCUCUUCAGAUGUGCCACAGGUGAGGCUUGGCAGGAGAUCAUGUUGGCCUGUCUUCCCGGAAAGUUGUGCGAUACUGAGUCAGACUACAACCCCGGAGAAGAGAGAACCUGCGGCAGCGGCUUUGCUAUCAUCUAUUUUAUCACCUUCUACAUGCUCUGUGCUUUUCUGAUUAUUAACCUGUUUGUUGCUGUCAUCAUGGAUAACUUUGACUAUCUCACCCGAGAUUGGUCCAUUCUUGGACCACAUCAUCUUGAUGAAUUUAAACGGAUCUGGUCCGAAUAUGACCCAGAAGCAAAGGGGCGGAUAAAACACCUUGAUGUGGUGACGUUGCUGAGGAGGAUCCAACCUCCUCUUGGCUUUGGCAAACUCUGCCCACACAGGGUGGCCUGCAAGCGUCUGGUUGCGAUGAACAUGCCUCUGAACAGUGAUGGCACAGUUAUGUUUAAUGCCACCUUGUUCGCACUGGUGCGAACUGCUCUCAAGAUUAAAACAGAAGGAAACCUGGAACAGGCUAACGAGGAGCUGCGGGCUGUGAUCAGGAAGAUCUGGAAAAGGACAAGCAUGAAGCUGUUGGAUCAAGUAGUGCCCCCUGCAGGUGAUGACGAGGUAACAGUGGGGAAGUUCUAUGCCACCUUCCUGAUACAGGAUUACUUCAGGAAGUUCAAGAGGCGCAAAGAGAAAGGCCUAGUGGGUAGGCGCUCAUUCGACAGGAUUAACUGCACCAUGGCUCUGCAGGCUGGCCUACGCACACUGCAUGACAUUGGACCAGAGAUCCGUCGAGCCAUAUCAUGUGACUUGCAGGACGAGGGGCUCGUAGAUUUGACAGAGGAGGAAGACGAGGGAAUUCACAGGCGCAAUGGCAGCCUUUUCGGUAACCAUGUCGACCACGUCGGUACGACUCCCCAAGGCUCCGCCCACCCAACUACUGUCACUCAACGUCCUCUACAGAUUCUUCCCUUUUCCUGUGAUGCCUCAAAAGAACCCACACAAACGAGCAUGAGGGACAAUGAUAGGAGCGAAGAGAUGGAAAUGAACUCACCAUCUGUCCAGUAUAAUCAGCAUCAUCAAGCCUCUCAUCAGUCUGACUAUUCCUGCUUUAAUUCCAAUCACGAACAAGCCCCUGUACCAUCCAACGCUAACCUCAACAAUGCCAACGUGCCCAUGCUUCUGUCUGUGACCCGUGGGCAGCAGCAGAAACAUUUGUUAACGACAGACCGGCCGUCCUCCACCAAAACGGGCUCACCCGUGUCCACCCGCAGCAAGCCUUGGAAGUCGCUUUCAAUGAGGUCAGAGGUCCGUCGAGGUCGCCGCCCCGCCCUUCAAAGAUCCAAGCCAAAGGACGAGGAGCAAGGCUCGGGAGACUACUACCAGAGUGCAGACGAGUCCAAUGAAGAUGACAUUGUGCUCACUAGGGACAGGCUGCCAAAUAAAGAGUCUUGCAACAAAGAGGGCGAGUUGGACGCAGAGGUCUCCAGCAUGGAGCAUCAGUCAGAUUGUUUCUAUGACAAUGACCAGCAGCCCAUCUGCCAAGACAGCCAGCAGUCACCUCGGAGGUGGCUUUUAUCAUCACCGCAAGCCCUCAACAGACCAACCUUCAGUUUUGAGUGUCUUCGCAGAAGAAGUAGUGAGGAGGAAGCUCCGCCCUCUCCUUCAUGCACAGCUCUUCCACUGCACCUGCUACAGCAACAGGUCAUGGCAGUGGCUGGCCUGGAUGCCAGUAAACUCCAGCGCCUCUCUCCCACGCGAUCAAUCCUCUCCUGGGCCACACCCCCUGCCUCCCCUCUAGCCUAUGAUUCUUCGCCCUGCUACACGCCGCUCAUCCAGGUGGACUGGAGGAGCUCAGGCAGUGUGGGAAACAUCCCAGCCUCAGUAAAGAGGAGUUCGUGGUACACAGACGAACACGGCAACGUUUCCAGCCGUGGCUGCUCUCCCUCACGACUCCAGCUUCCUGCUAAGGGUUGUUCACAUUUCCUGCAGAAUAGAGGCAGCGCCAACAGUCUAGUGGAGGCUGCGUUGAUCUCAGAGGGUCUGGGAAAAUAUGCCAGGGACCCCAAGUUUGUGUCGGCCACCAAACACGAGAUAGCCGACGCCUGCCAGAUGACCAUCGAUGAGAUGGAGAGCGCCGCCAGUAAUCUGCUGAAUGGCAGCCUGCCUGACCCAAGCGGGGACGGGGCCGCGAGCUCAGAUCCCGCCGCGCACAAUAUGACUACAGCGGACUACAGUGACGAGGAGACCUACGUGGCGGUCAAACGGGAGGAGGACCUCGCAGAUGAGAUGAUUUGCCUCACGUCGCUAUAGCAGAGGCCCACAUCCGGUUUACUCUUAUUUAUUGAUUUAUUCCAGUUGACACGUUGCUGCUUUUCCACAGAGACAGAACCGUUAUGCUCCUACAAUAGAUGACAUACGAAUGAAGUGCCUGGUUUUCUCUUUUUACGUGAACAGAAGACCUCUGAAGAAAACAAAUAUUGAACGCAGAACACUAAUUUGAUGUUGUAUUUGAUUUAUUUAUGUUUGCUUGAAUGGUGACAAUUGUUCAAGACCAGAGAAAUCUUCUUGCUCUGCAAAGCCAUUCCGAAUCCUAUGAAUUCACUUUGGGAACAACAUGGGUGUUGAUCAUUGUAGUGAUGAAAUUGCGCGUGCUUGUUGGAUUUAACAUCACUGACUUAUGUUGUUUAGCUGUGCCUCAGCUUCAAAUUGAAUUCAAAUGGUUUCUUGCACAAAAGCUACUUGCUCUCAUCUGUAAUACAGUGGAAUCUCUAAGAUGAUUUUUUUUUCUGCAUCAAAAAUAAUGGUCAGUGUAAAAAUAUUGCAGAUGUAUCAUUUUCAUCCUCCAAAGUUUUGUAAGCAAAGAUACGUCCAUUUUUCAUGAGCACUUUUUUAAAGGUUCCAUUGUAUUUCCUAUGCUUUUUAUUUCAGGGCUCAGGAAUCAAAGCAAAAUUAUUAGAGGUAAUUAUUACAUUUUGAAUGAGUCCAAGUUAUUGACUAGGCUUGAAAAAAAAAAUCACAUAUCACAUAUACAUUACAGUGCAGUCCUGGAAUUCAACAAAAUAAAAAUAGUGUGCUUUGCUGUUUUUGUGAGAGAGUCAUUCAAUGAUUAACAAUAAUUAUUUCUAAAGAUAGAUUUGCAGUAAAAUAUCGAUGAUCAUCAUUAAUAAUCAAAAAUUGACUCAGCUCGGUGGGACAAUAAGAUACAUGAAUAUCUGCUGCAAAUGUUUUGAUUAAAUUAAUUGAAUAUUGGUCUAUUAUGUCUAAACGGCAUGGAAUUUAAAAUGUGUUUAAUGUUUUUAGGAUUACAAAAUUGACUUGGGAUUUUUUUCCAUCAAGCAACAUCUAAACAUCAUGUCAUUUUGGCCUAAUUCUGUUAUUUAUUUUAAGACGCAGAUAAAAACAGAGCGGCAGACCGAUUGCACAGAUUGUACCGGAAAUGACAAAUUCCCAGUUGCCUUUCAAAGCGAUAUUGGACUUUUAAUACAUCAUACAAUGAGAUGCAAUAACAGCAGCUAGUAAGGAAACAAAACAAACAAAACAAAUGACCAGUUGUCAUUAGUAUAUACGUAUAUUAUUUUAUUUGUGGGGGCAUUUGAGUGUAUGCAAUUUUUUUAUGUAUGUUUUGUAAUGUUCCACUGCUUUCUAGAUGUUCAAUAUUGUAAACUUUCUGCUUUCUACCUGUUGUACAAAAUAAAAACAUCAGUUUGGUAUCAU